UCUGACAGGAACCUGAGGGGCUGGCCCGGGAGGGGAUUGGGGCCCGGCUUCCUGAAGGGAGGAUGGGCUAAGGCAGGCGCACAGUGCCGGAGAAGAUGCCCUCCUGGGCCCUCUUGGUGGUCACCUCCUGCCUCCUUCCAGCCCCCCAAAACCUGGCACAAGUCACCAGCCAAGAUGCCUCCUUGCUGGCCUCGGACUCAGAACCCUUGAAAUGUUUCUCCCGAACGUUUGAGGACCUCACUUGCUUCUGGGACGAGGAAGAGGCAGCGCCCAGUGGAACGUAUCAGCUGCUGUACGCCUACGCAGGGGAGAAGCCCCGUGCCUGCCCCCUGAGUUCCCAGAGCGUGCUGCCCUCUGGAACCCGAUACGUGUGCCAGUUUCCAGCCCAGGAUGAAGUUCGCCUCUUCUUUUCACUGCACCUGUGGGUGAAGAACGUGUUUCUGAACCAGAAUCUGACCCAGCGGGUGCUCUCUGUGGAUAGUGUGGGACUGCCAGCUCCCCCCAGUCUCAUCAAGGCCAUGGGUGGGAGCCAGCCAGGGGAACUUCAGAUCAGCUGGGAAACCCCAACUCCAGAAAUCAGUGAAUUCCUGAGGCAUGAACUCCGCUAUGGCCCCAAGGAUCCCAGGAACUCCACUGUCAUCCAGCAGCUGUCCACAGAAACCUGCUGUCCAGCUCUGUGGAGACCAAAUCCAGCCCCAGCUCUGGACCAGCCUCCAUGUGCUCAGGCCAUGAUGCCCCAACAAGAUGGACCAGAGCAGACCUCCCCAACUAGAGAAGCUCCGUCUCUGACAGUGAUACGUAAAAGCUGCCUCAUCUCAGGGCUCCAGCCUGGUAACUCCUACUGGAUCCAACUGCGCAGCCAACCUGAUGGGGUCUCCUUCCGUGGUUCCUGGGGAUCCUGGUCCCUCCCUGUGACUGUGGACCUGCCUGGGGAUGCAGUGGAAAUUGGACUGCAGUGCUUUACCUUGGACCUGAAGAAUGUUACCUGUCAGUGGCAGCAACAGGACCAUGCUAGCUCCCAAGGCUUCUUCUACCACAGCAGGGCACGGUGCUGUCCCAGAGACAGGGACCCCAUCUGGGAGAAGUGUGAAGAGGAGGAGAAAAUUCCAGGAUCACAGCCCUCCCCGUUCUCCCGCUGCCACUUCAAGUCACGAAAUGACAGUGUCAUUCACAUCCUUGUGGAGGUGACCACAGCCCAGGGUGCUGUUCACAGCUACCUGGGCUCCCCUUUCUGGAUCCACCAGGCUGUGCUCAUUCCCACUCCAAAUUUGCACUGGAGGGAGGUCUCUAGCGGGCAGCUGGAAUUGGAAUGGCAGCAUCCAUCGUCCUGGGCAGCCCAAGAGACCUGCUAUCAGCUUCGAUACUCAGGAGAAGGCCAUCAGGACUGGAAGGUGCUGGAGACGGCUCUCGGGGCCCAGGGAGAGACCCUGGAGCUGCGCCCACGCUCUCGCUACCGUGUACAGCUGCGCGCCAGGCUCCAAGGCUCCACCUUCCAAGGUCCCUGGAGUCCCUGGUCAGACCCAUCGUGGGUGGAGACCUCGUCUGAGACCGCCUGGAUCUCCUUGGUGAUCGCUCUGCUCCUGGUGCUGGGCCUCAGCGCCCUCUUGGGCCUGCUGCUGCUGAGGUGGCAGUUUCCUGAGCGCUACAGGAGACUGAGGCAUGCCCUGUGGCCCUCACUUCCAGACCUGCACCGGGUACUCGGCCAGUACCUUAGGGAUACUGCUGGCCUGAAUCCGCCCAAGGCUGCAGUCUCAGAUGCCUAUGAGGAAGUGGAACCCAGCCUCCUUGAAAUUCUACCUAAGACCUCAGAGAAGACUCCCUUGCCCCUAUGUUCCUCCCAAACCCAGAUGGACUACAGAGGAUUGCAGCCUUCUUGCCUGGGGACCAUGCCCCUGUCUGUGUGCCCACCUGUGGCUGAGCUGGGGUCCUACUGCACCACUCACAUCGCCAACCAUUCCUACUUACCUCUCAGCUGUUGGCAGGCCCCUCGGUCCCAGUACCCUGGACAGAUCCAAACCCUCUAGAGCUUCCUUCUAAACUUCCCUACCCACCCUAUCUCAACAACACAACCAUCUCAGACCCCACUUCCCUCCCCCUUGUCUAUCCUCCUAGCUGGGUUUUGUAACACUGAUCUUUCGGUACUGCCACUGACAUAGAUCCAGGACCUUCUCUCCUCAGGCAAGGUUCAUUUGAGUAAGAUCCUGUAACUUUCACCUCCUUUCUCUCUCCUCUUUAAUGCCAAACUCCCUGAAAAGAAGGCUCCAUUUCCCUAUUCCCAUUUGCUCCUCAGACUACUUCAAUUAAUCCCCCCCACUACCACUCUGCUAAUGAGACUCCUCAGACUUUCUAAU